CAACACAACAUCUUUAUUAAUAUAGGUUGUUUCUUUUUCUACACUACAUUGAUUUAAGGUUAAGACAAGUUUCUUCUUUUCAAUUCAUUGAAACAAGUUUUGCUCUGUUUCUAUGAAUUAAGGGUACAACAAAUUUUCAUGCUUUUUCCUUUUUCCCACCACUCUCCACUAUUUUGAGUUGUUUACUACGAUUCAGUGAGUGAGGGUUAAGGGUUAAGGAUAAAGUUCAGUUUUUCUCUUGUUUUUUUGCUAUUGGGGGUUUCAAAGAUUCAAUCUUUUGGUGGACUUUCCGUGUUCUUUAGAAAAUUGUUGGUGGGUUUGUGAGUUUUUGAUGAUUAAGUUCUUGGGUUGAUAGCAAAUGGCCUAUUGAUUGUAAUUGAGAGAAAAAGUUAAGUUUUUUUUUUUGUCUGAAAGAGAGAGAAAGUUGAUUUGAGUUUCUGGGUAUGUUUUUGUUUCAUAUUGAUAUGAUAAUUGAGAAUUACAUGAUUCAAUAAUUUUGAAUCUCUCUUAUCAUGGCUGUGGUAACAACUCCUGUGCCAGCAACAAUACAAAGAACAGGUUCUAUGAGUUCGGUUCGCGAAGUCGGGGGAGAGAUUGAAGAGGAACCUAAUACAGCUGUGGUUGAUGAAGCAAUCUAUGUUGCUGUGUCAAAGGAUGUAAAAGAGAGUAAGGUGAAUCUGAUAUGGGCCAUUCAGAACUCUGGUGGAAAGAGGAUCUGUAUCCUCUUUGUUCAUGUGCCUGCAACAAUGAUCCCCUUGAUGGGUGCUAAGUUUCCUGCAAGUUCACUGAAAGAGCAAGAAGUGCGAGCAUACAGGGAAAUUGAAAGGCAAAACAUGCACAAGACUCUUGAUGAAUAUCUUCGAAUCUGUUAUCGGAUGGGGGUGCGAGCUGAAAAACUGCAUAUUGAAAUGGAUAACAUUGAAAGAGGAAUUAUAGAACUCAUCUCCCAAAAUGGAAUCCGAAAGCUUAUUAUGGGAGCAGCAUCUGAUAGGAAUUAUUCUAGGAGACUGAUGGACCUCAAAUCUAAGAAAGCCAUAUAUGUAUGUGAACAAGCUCCAGCUUCUUGCCAUAUUCAGUUUAUCUGCAAAGGUCACCUUAUACACACAAGGGAUCGCAGUUUAAAUGAACGAAGCUUAGAGGUUGCAUCUCCUUUGGUACAGCAAGUGCCAAACUCCGUGAGAUCUUUGAGAUCUCAAUCAAUUACACUAGGGCAAAUUCCUACGACAGAUUCCUUUGGUUCUAUUCAAGAGUUAUUUCGCAGAGUUAGGUCUGCCAAUGAUGGACAGAGAGGGAGCAUUACGACUGAUUCUUCUCCAAUUAACACCAUAGGGUUUUCAACUCCAUCUAAUAGGCGAGGCACAGACGGAAGUUCUGAUGAGUCCGAUAGGUUGUCAAGGAUGAGUCCUUCAGGUUUGUCGACAUGCUCUGAUAGUGCCGUUGAACCAACACUGACCCCAAUUUCGGUUCCCGAGAGCAGUGAGAAUACAUUAGAUUUGACUUUUAGUAGCCUGGUUAUAAAGGAGGAUCAUCAUCGUUUAUCGCCACCAAGUGUACUGCAGGAUGGUGGAGUAAACGAUACGGUAUAUGACCAACUUGAACAGGCUAUGUCUGAGGCUAACAAUGCUACUCGACAUGCAUAUCAAGAAACUUUUAGGCGCGGAAAAGCUGAAAAAGAUGCCAUUGAAGCUAUACGCAGGGCUAAAACAUCUGAAAGCUUAUAUACAGAGGAGUUGAAUCUGAGAAAAAUGGCGGAGGAAGAAUUAAAAAGGGAAAAAGAAGAACUUGAGAAAAUGACGAGCCAGAGAGACAAAGUUAAGGAAGAACUUCAACUUGCUGUGGAUUUGAAGUCAUCGCUAGAGAGUCAACUUGCGUCAUCUGAAGUUAUGAUACAGGAGUUGGAGAAGAAGAUUAUAUCUGCUGUGGAGCUGUUACAAAGCUACAGGAAUGAACGAGAUGAAUUGCAGAUACAGCGCGAUAAUGCAUUGAGAGAGGCUGAAGGUCUUAGGAAAAAACAAGGAGAGGGCUCGAGCACUCAUGCAUCUCAAUUGUUCUCGGAAUUCUCCUUUUCAGAAAUCGAAGAAGCAACGAGUAACUAUGAUCCAUCCCUAAAGAUCGGAGAAGGUGGAUAUGGAAAUAUAUAUAAAGGCGUCCUCCGUCACACCGAAGUCGCUAUAAAAAUUUUGCACGCCAAUAGCAUGCAAGGACCCUUGGAGUUUCAGCAGGAGGUGGAUGUAUUGAGUAAGCUAAGGCACCCCAAUCUGAUCACUCUUAUAGGAGCGUGCCCGGAAUCCUGGUCUCUCGUCUACGAGUAUUUACCAAACGGAAGUCUUGAAGACCGUCUUGCAUGCAAGGAUAACUCACAUCCAUUAUCAUGGCAAACACGGAUUCGCCUUGCUGCAGAGCUCUGCUCCGCUCUCAUCUUUCUUCAUUCGAGUAAACCCCAUAGCAUAGUGCAUGGUGACUUGAAACCCUCCAAUAUCAUCCUGGAUGCAAACCUUGUCAGUAAGCUUAGUGACUUUGGAAUCUGUCGCAUAUUAUCAAAUCUCGAGAAUUCUAGUAAUAACAAUACGCUGUUUUGGAAAACCGAUCCAAAGGGAACUUUUGUAUACAUGGAUCCUGAAUUCCUUGCUUCUGGCGAACUCACUCCAAAAUCCGAUGUUUAUUCAUUCGGAAUCAUAUUAUUGAGAUUGUUGACUGGAAGACCAGCCUUAGGAAUAACUAAGGAAGUGAAAUAUGCUCUCGAUACAGGAAAGUUAACAUCUUUAUUGGAUCCUUUGGCCGGAGAUUGGCCAUUUGUGCAGGCCGAGCAGUUGGCUCGGUUGGCUUUGCGGUGCUGUGAGAUGAGUCGGAAGAACCGGCCGGAGCUUCAUUCAGAUGUAUGGAGGAUACUUGAUUCAAUGAGAGCUUCUUCUGGAGGUACAAACUCCUUUGGUCUAAGCUCUGAAGGACCUCACCAACCUCCUUCAUAUUUUAUCUGUCCAAUCUUCCAGGAAGUAAUGCGAGAUCCACACGUAGCUGCAGAUGGUUUUACCUACGAAGCCGAGGCUAUCCGAGGAUGGCUCGACAGUGGUCACGACACUUCACCGAUGACAAACAGCACCCUUGGACAUCAGAGUCUUGUCCCCAACCGCGCUCUUCGCUCUGCGAUCCAGGAUUGGCUUCAAAGUCACUGAUCAAGCUUAUUACCAUCUUUCAUUAAACUGUAUAUCUACCUGUUUAUAACAUGUUUAGGAAAGAUACAUGCCAUUAUGUAUUUUUUUUUACAAACUUCUAGCACUUUUGUUUACUAUAGUUCUAUAUAAGUGGAGUCACAUUAUAUACCUAUCUGGUCUAAGGUCUUGUAUAGGUUAGAUAACCACGUGGUUAUCUGAAGUCAUUGUAUAAAUACAUAUAUAAACUAUAUCCAAACAGUAUUUUUUUUUGUG